CACACGAGCAGCCGGUGUUAUGCUCAACUUGGAAGGAUGAUGGGACAACUGUCUUCUCUGGAGGCUGUGACAAGCAAGUUAAGAUGUGGCCAUUGUUGUCUGGCGGCCAACCUGUAACAGUGGCCAUGCAUGAUGCUCCUGUCAAAGAAAUUGCUUGGGUCCCAGAAAUGAGUCUCUUAGUAACAGGAAGUUGGGAUAAGACCCUAAGGUAUUGGGAUUUGAGACAACCAAAUCCAGCUCAUGUCCAACAACUUCCUGAACGCUGCUAUGCACUUACAGUCAGACACCCUCUUAUGGUCGUUGGCACUGCUGAUAGAAAUCUUAUAGUUUUCAACUUGCAGAACCCUCAGACUGAGUUCAAGAGAGUUAUUUCACCCUUGAAGUACCAGACAAGGUGUUUAGCUGCUUUCCCGGAUCAGCAAGGUUUCUUAGUUGGCUCAAUUGAAGGAAGAGUUGGGGUACAUCAUAUUGAUGAUUCACAGCAAAGUAAAAACUUUACUUUCAAAUGCCAUAGAGAAGGCAAUGACAUUUACUCUGUCAACUCGUUGGAUUUCCACCCUGUACAUCACACAUUUGCAACAUCUGGAUCUGAUGGAGCCUUCAACUUUUGGGACAAAGACAGCAAACAGAGGCUUAAGGCUAUGGCAAGGUGCGGUCAGCCUAUACCUUCCAGCGCUUUCAACAAUGAUGGCUCCAUUUUCGCAUAUUCGGUCUGUUAUGAUUGGAGCAAGGGUGCAGAAAAUCACAACCCUGCAACAGCAAAAACAUACAUUUACUUGCAUUUGCCACAGGAGUCUGAAGUCAAAGGCAAACCGAGGAUUGGAGCCGGUGGUCGGAAGUAGUAUCUUUUGGAGAAUGUGGUUUUGUUAAUUCUAGAACAAAUCAAGCUUUUGAGUUCAAAUCUUAUCUAUGAAAUUUCAUAUAUUAGACCUUUAUAAAAGAAAAUUGUAUUCGGCUCAUGUCUUUUUUUU